AUGUAGUAGAUAGCUCCUGAAGAAUAAUUAACAGAUUAAUAGAUUAUAAAUAUCUUGUAAGAUUGUAAGAUGAUUUAAUUUAAUAAUAUUAAGAAAAUUAGAUAAGUUAGAAUACUACAAAUAUAUAAGCAUUUAGAUCAAAUCAAAUAAAUGUUUAUAAGAAUUUACGUAAUAGAUCUAUUUUCAAAUUGGCAUUUACUAUUGUAGAAUUAUUGCUAUUUUUUUUGGCUUUGGGUUUGUUGCCUCCACCUUGUGUAGAAACAACUUUAAAUGAAUUUUUCAUUUUGGCUAUAAUUGCUAAUACAAUUGUACUUUUUAAAAUAAUAAUAGGAAGCCUUUAGAAUAAUAUACCUAUUAUUGAUAAUAUAUAAUGAUUUGAUUGAAAUAUAUCAAAAUGAAAAUGAGAAUAUAAUACCUUAUCCUGAAUUUUCGUUUGCUAAUACUAAAUACCUGUUAGAAGCUAUAUCAGAUUAUCAUAGUUCUUACAAGUUUAUAAAAUAUUUAAUGAUUGUGUAUAAAUGUGUCCAUGAUUUGGUAGUUUAGAUAUAGUUGUAUUUAUGUUUGGAUAAGUAUAAAUUUAUAGUAAUUUAUAUGGAAAAUGUAGAAUUGGGAUUCCUGAAUUUAAUUUUACUUGGGGUGUGGCAAUCACAUUUUUAAUAAUGAGAUAUAUAACUAUAGGAAUUCCUACUUUAAUAGUAGUGAUAUAUAUUUUAGUAUUACCUAUUGCAUAUUGUAUAAAUAUGAGACAUCUUUAAAAAAAUAAUAGAAUUGGAGCUACUUAAGAAAAUUUAGAUAAAUUAAAGGUUGAAAUAGUUGGAAUAGAUAGAAUAAGUGAGGAUAAUGAAUGUAUAAUAUGUCUAUAGGAAUUUAUUGAAGGAGAAGAGUUCAUAAGAUUGGAUUGUCACAAAUAUCAUGUAUUCCAUAAGAUUUGUAUUUCUGAUUGGUUAAAGGCUAGAUUAGAAUGUCCAAAAUGUAGACACCCUGUAAGAUUUAACUGA